AUGUACGGAUUCGAGGCGCUAACGUUUAACAUUCAUGGAGGAUACCUGGAAGCGAUCGUAAGGGGUCACAGAUCAGGGCUUUUAACAGCCGCUGAUUAUAACAAUCUUUGCCAGUGUGAAACCCUUGAUGAUAUCAAGAUGCACCUCUCUGCUACCGAGUACGGUCCCUAUCUUCAGAACGAACCUUCACCAUUACAUACCAUUACAAUUGUGGAGAAAUGCACUCUGAAACUAGUCGAUGAGUACAAGCAUAUGCUUAGUCAAGCCACAGAGCCCUUAUCCACCUUCUUGGAGUAUUGCACAUAUGGUCAUAUGAUAGACAAUGUUGUCCUGAUUGUAACUGGAACCUUGCAUGAGAGAGAUGUUCAGGAACUAUUGGAGAAAUGCCAUCCUUUGGGCAUGUUUGACAGUAUUGCCACCCUGGCUGUUGCUCAGAAUAUGCGGGAGCUUUACAGAUUGGUGCUUGUUGAUACACCGCUGGCACCAUACUUCUCAGAAUGCAUCACAUCAGAUGACUUGGAUGACAUGAAUAUUGAAAUUAUGAGGAAUACUCUUUACAAGGCAUAUCUUGAGGAUUUUUACAGGUUUUGUCAGAAACUUGGAGGUGCCACAUCUGAGAUCAUGUCUGACCUCCUUUCCUUUGAGGCUGACAGAAGGGCUGUCAAUAUCACCAUAAAUAGCAUUGGCACCGAGCUGACCCGGGAGGAUCGUAGGAAAUUGUACUCUAAUUUUGGCUUACUCUAUCCUUAUGGACAUGAGGAACUUGCUGUCUGUGAGGACUUGGAUCAGGUUCGUGGUGUCAUGGAAAAAUAUCCUCCUUAUCAGUCAAUCUUUGCCAAGUUGUCAUAUGGUGAGAGCCAGCUUCUUGACAAGGCAUUUUAUGAAGAAGAAGUGAAAAGGUUAUGCUUAGCUUUUGAGCAACAGUUCCAUUAUGCUGUCUUCUUUGCAUACAUAAGAUUGAGGGAGCAGGAGAUCAGGAAUCUGAUGUGGAUAUCUGAAUGCGUGGCUCAGAAUCAGAAGUCUAGAGUUCAUGACAGUGUUGUCUUCAUAUUUUAG